ACUCACACGCGUGAUAUUUCAUUUCACAUGCAGAAUUUUCCCAAGAAGCUCUCGAUUCACAGAAAUGGCGGAACAGGAAUUGCGAGAAAUUGAGGACAGCCCACUUGAAGAAAACUGGGAAGAGAGAACUCUGAGCCUCCUUCAUGACUCCAAGAUUGACAAUGAUUUUUCAACUGCUAAAGUGGGAAAGAGAGGAAGUCGGAAGCAUUCUGUCAAAUGGAUGAUGAAAAGACCAAUGGCUCUCCCAAGAGUCAUUCUUGAGCUGCAAGAUGAACAUUUAAGAGAAUCUGCUCUGCGUUGCAUUAGCAACUUCCUUCUUGAGAAAAGAGAUGUUGAUCCGGAAAACUACCUCAGGACUGGCCACAUGUUGUACUUUUCUUGCAGCACUAUGACUCUGUUGCUACAGGAAGUGCAGACAUUUCUUAGACUGAUGGCUGAUGACUUUCUUACCAUAAGGUCAUGCAAGCGUCUCAUCAAUGUACUAACUCUUUUCCAGUGCAUUGCAGCUAACGAUGAAACAAGACUGAAAUUUGUUGAGUGUAAGAAACUUAUUGCUGCAUCUAGUAUUCCCAACUUUCUGAUGCCUUUAAUCCUGUUUAAGACGUCAGUUGAAUUGUUUGAGAAUGUAAGAGCAGUUGCCUUGUCAGUUCUUGGCAUUUUGUGCCAGGCCGGAGAAUCCGAAAUCGUCCACUGGGCUUUAAGAAACAAUGUGGUUGAAAUGUCUCAGGCGGUCCUAGAAAUUGGAAAUGAACUCUCCAAAGUGGUUGGAAUGCACAUCAUUGAAUCAAUACUAAAAGACAGUACAGGAAUAUCCUGCAUCUGCAGUUCAUCUAACACUUGUCUACUGUACAGAUUAACUAGGACUUUGGACCAUUUGAUCUCUCUCUUGGCAUUCGACCCAGAAUUUUCUCCUCGGCUCCUAUUUCACGCUGUUCGAUGCUGCGUCCUUCUCUGCAGUCGUGCAAGAGGACUAAAUGCUGUAAGAAAGAACCUGUCGAGGCACCUCCUUUGUGGAACUUUUGAAAAUGAAACCGAGAAAUUCCCGAUCAUCAAAAGUUUGGUUGAGCAACUGCUUCUCUUCGUUGGAGGAACUGAAGAUCACCGCUUGCUUUCUCUGCCUGAUGAUACAGUGUUUCAUCAGCCGUAG